CUCCCCGGUGCCGGCAGCGGAACCGCGGCGUGGGCAACCAGGAACUACAAGUCCCAGCAGGCCUCGCGCGCCUCGGCUUCACUAAGCGCAGUCAGGUGGCCGUCCCGGUUCCCUGCGAAUUCCCCGCUACCUGGUUGCGGCGGGAAGCCGGGCGCCGCGGCUCUGCUUCCCUCGGGACAGCUGUCAUCAGUUAUGACUACCUCACUUCCCUGAAGAGCGUCCCCUAUGGCUCAGAGGAGUACCUGCAGCUGAGAUCUAAGCUUGUAGAGGCUGCCCGCAUUCCUUGGCUCACGGUCCCAUUCCUCCAUCUUCAAAGCCUGAAACAUCCGGCUAAGUCCUUCUCCCCCUUCCAUCUUUCUGCUCCCUUCUGCCUUUCUCUUCUACUUAUAAAAGCCAUGGUGCACCUGCGCUCUGCCAGGCGUCUCUGUGAGCUCUGCUGUGCCAACCGGGGCACCUUCAUCAAGGUGGGCCAGCACCUGGGGGCUCUGGACUACUUGCUGCCAGAAGAGUACACCAGCACGCUGAAGGUACUGCACAGCCAGGCACCACAGAGCAGCAUGCAAGAGGUCCGCCAGGUCAUCCGAGAGGAUCUGGGCAAGGAGAUCCAUGAUUUGUUCCAGAGCUUUGAUGAUACCCCUCUGGGGACUGCCUCCCUGGCCCAGGUCCACAAGGCAGUUCUGCAUGAUGGGCGAACGGUGGCCGUGAAGGUUCAGCACCCAAAGGUGCGAGCUCAGAGCUCGAAGGACAUUCUCCUGAUGGAGGUGCUCGUUCUGGCUGUGAAGCAGCUAUUCCCAGAAUUUGAGUUCAUGUGGCUUGUGGAUGAAGCUAAGAAGAACCUGCCUUUGGAGCUGGAUUUCCUCAAAGAAGGGAGGAAUGCUGAGAAGGUGUCCCAGAUGCUCAAGCAUUUUGACUUCUUGAAGGUCCCCCGAAUCCACUGGGACCUGUCCACGGAGCGGGUCCUCUUGAUGGAGUUUGUGGACGGUGGGCAGGUCAAUGACAGAGACUACAUGGAGAGGAACAAGAUCGACGUCAAUGAGAUCUCGCGACACCUGGGCAAGAUAUACAGUGAGAUGAUCUUCGUCAAUGGCUUUGUGCACUGCGAUCCCCACCCCGGCAACGUGCUGGUGCGGAAGCGCCCGGGCACAGGAAAGGCGGAGAUUGUCCUGUUGGACCACGGGCUUUACCAGGUGCUCACGGAAGAGUUCCGCCUGAAUUACUGCCACCUCUGGCAGUCUCUGAUCUGGACUGACAUGAAGCGAGUGAAGGAGUACAGCCAGCGCCUGGGAGCCGGGGAUCUCUACCCCUUAUUUGCCUGCAUGCUGACGGCGCGGUCAUGGGACUCAGUCAACAGAGGCAUCAGCCAAGCUCCCGUCACGGCCACUGAGGACUUAGAGAUUCGCAACAACGCAGGCAACUACCUCCCCCAGAUCAGCCAGCUCCUCAACCAUGUGCCGCGCCAGAUGCUGCUCAUCUUAAAGACCAAUGACUUGCUACGUGGCAUCGAGACCGCCCUGGGUACCCGCGCCAGUGCCAGCUCCUUUCUCAACAUGUCACGCUGCUGUGUCAGGGCGCUAGCCGAGCACAAGAAGAAGAAUACCUGUUCAUUCUUCAGAAGGACCCAGAUCUCUUUCAGCGAGGCCUUCAACUUAUGGCAGAUCAACCUCCAUGAGCUCAUCCUGUGUGUGAAGGGGCUGAAGCUGGCUGACCGGGUCUUGGCGCUGCUCUGCUGGCUGUUUCCUGCUGCACUCUGAGUGGAAUUGCUCUCUCACCCCAUUCUGGUGUCUUUCCACUCCUCAGUCCCUGGUCCUGCCUCCACCCCGCUGCUCCAUUUUUGCCACAUGGUGGCCUGCAGCCCCAGAGUCACUGUCCAUGGCACCAUCCUCCUCCCCCUUGGGAAUCCUCUCCGCACACUGUGGCCCUUGUGUCAGGGCCCACAAGCUGAACUGUGGCUCUCUCUUCUUCUCCAAGAAGACUCAGCAGCCUACGUUCCCACUCCUGGUGUGUACCAUUGGGUUGGAUGUCCCCGCUACUUCCAUUGAUCCUUCCCAUUGUCAAGACGUGCCACGGGUGCCACUGGGGGCACACUGAUCUUGUAGGGAGUUUGAUUUUGUUUCAGGUGAGCAUGGUCUCUGAACUUGACAGAGAACAGCUUCCCUUUCCUUGCCAUGUCACCCUCCAGAGCAAGUCACACCUCAGCAAGGUGGUUUGGCAUCUGGGGCAGACUCCACUGCAGCCAUGAACUCAUGGCUGUCACAGUGACCUUUGGUGUUUUCUGUACUGUGUUCCAAUAAAAACUCCUUCAAGGUUG